CGGCUAUAGCAAUAGUUUGCAUGUUUCUUGGUUCGAACAACACGUAUCGAUCAAGAUGUGUCGUAUUGGUGUCAGUUGGUUUAGAGUCGUCCCAACUAGCUGGUAUCAAUACGAUAUCCUUGACUGCGCUAUACGAUGGAUUCAAACCCGAUUUCAAAAUGGGCCAUGGCCUUGUUUUUCCCUUUCGCCAUUAUCGAGUCGCUGGCUUUAAAUCUUGAAGAUUGCAAUAAGCCAAAUGCUGGCUUUCCAGCUGUCUUCGAUACCGUGUCACUUGGCGACUUUCACAUCCGCGCCUACGAGAAAGUGAUGGCAUCUUCAACCUCCCGAUUCUAUUUCGCUCCGUUGGCUUUGCUGGAACACACGAGUGCCUCGAGUGGGCGUAAUAAUUUGACCGGUGAGAAUCAGUUGGCGUUCCGCGUUGAGAUGUGGAACGACGAGUUGCGCUACAUCGUGAAAGACUAUUUAAGCAACAUCACCGGUCUGGCUAUAGAGGAAAAUAGAGUUAGUAUACUACCGUUUGAAAAGGUUUCUCUUCGAUGUCAAAGAUGCAGCCCGACUCGUUUGGACAGCCGCUGGCGAUCUUUUUCGCAAAGUUCCAAACAGAUGGAAUUUCGAAUGGUCUGUUCUACGUUGGAAGAGUGUCACAAUCUUCGCGAGCAGAUGGUUCAUCAUCCCGAACAGUUCUCUUCGCAUUUGACGCUAUUUUUCCGAAUGGAGAGUAAUAAAGGCUCUGUCGGUUCUAUACGGCGUAAAACUGCGUCGAUCACCAGCGAUCACGUUUGGAACGGACCAAUCAUGUUCGAUUUAAAUAGAAGGUUUUCUAAUUCUUCUUUUGCUCUGGUGACUUCGCAAGAUCGUGGAAGGAUCGUGUCGGAGGCUUUGGAGAAUGUCUUGGGUGACGUUGAAAUUUUGUUGGAGAGUGUCGAAGAUUUGGCCAUAGAGCCAGAGGAUGAACUUCGUUUGAGAAAAAUGAUGGAGAAUAUUCUGUUUGAAAAUUACAUAAUCCCACUGGAGGAUGAUAGCGAGUCUGCUUGGAACUCCCUCUACUGGGAUUAUGAGAAUGUUGGACUGGACGUGAGGCCGGACAUAAUGGCUAGAAAACUCAACAAGGUUUACAAAAACGCAGAAGAGAGAGAUCGCAAGUGGAUUGUUGAACAAUUGAGCCACGGACCAGGUCUUUCGUCAACGAAAACAGUACUCAGCGAUGAAACUUCUCUUGCUUUAGCUAAUAUUUUUCAAACAAUACCGAAGCAUAUCGGUAGUCGACUUCAAAGCAGCCAACGGAAUAUUCAGUGGGACGGACAUAAAUUUAUUCCCAAAGUGACCAAAUUAUUCAGGAUUAACUUGGAUAAGCUCAGACACAGUUUCAAGCCCGUGAGAAACGUUCCAAUCAAGUAUUCAGUAAUCGACUUGCGAUUGGAUCUCAACGUUCAACCGGCCAUGUCACGAAUUAAUUUCGAGAGACAACCUCAAAUUCCUGAAUUCCGCAACGCUAAAAAAGGAAAUGAAGAAAUGCAAACUAUUAUGAAACCAGACGAACGGCUUACAAGUGACACAACGGGAAAUGAAUCUAGCCCUGGAGUGCUGCAAGGUCUCUUUCAAACCAUUCGUGGGGCCAUUACCGGCGGAGGGAUAAAGACUGCCCCGUACACUGUGAUUAGACAAGAAAAGGAUUAUGAAGAAAGGCUUUAUCCAGCUCAGAAAUGGGUGAAAACAAGAGUGGAAAAUAUCUCCAAAGACAGCGCUUCUUCUGCAAUGUUCUGGAAACUGUUUAAUUACAUAUCUGGCCAGAAUUCUAAGCAAAUUAAAAUCCCUAUGACAGCUCCUGUAACCGUUUUCAUUGAACCGGGAUCUGGGCCCAAUUGUGAAAGCACUUUCACUAUGGCAUUUUACAUACCUUCUGAAUUUCAGGAAGAUACACCAGAGCCAACUGCAGAUGAUGUGUCCAUUGAAGAACGUCCAGAAUUUAAGGUUCUAACCAGGACUUAUGGAGGCUUUUCGAACGACCGCGUCACCAAACAAGAGCACAUCAACCUUUUCACUUCCCUGUCCGAAGAGGACAAACAACUAGUAGAUCAGUCUGCACCAUAUUAUUACGCCGGCUACGAUCCCCCAUUCAAACUAUUUUUUCGUCGCAACGAAGUGUGGAUGAAUAUCUUUCAACCUCGCUUGCAAAUAGAUGCGGAAUCCGAACAGCAGGCUUUUGCACCACCCAAUUCUUGCAGUGGGGUCAACACACCAGAAAACUGAAUCACUUAAAUGAACCUUCGAAAUUUUUUAAAAUUAAUUCUUUGCUUAUAUUCCUUAACAUGGGAAAUCGUUAUUUCUGGAUCGAAACCAUUAUAUUUUUUGUUGUUUGUUUGAUGGCUCAGAUAAAUGGUUUUCACACAUUA